AACAGAGGACACAAGAGAGUAUUUCCAAAAUAGAAACACUAACAACAGGUCAGAGCUCAAACAAUCUUUGGUUUGAUUAUCGGUGUGGUGUGAUUACUGCCUCUGUAGCACAUGAAGUCCUUUGCAAGUACCGAAGGAAAAACCCCACAGCUUCAUCCAUAGAGAAUCUUGUUGGCAAGAUACUGGGUUACGAGAAACCACUUAGGACUGCAUCUCUGUCAUGGGGAAUUGAAAAUGAGGCUGUUGCCAGGAAACGUUAUGUUAGGCAGAAUAAAUCGUCUCAUAAACACCUGAAAUGUUAUGAAUCUGGGCUAAAGUUGCAUCCUGAGAUGGUCAUGCUUGGUGCCAGUGUGGAUGGAAUGGUUGAGUGUUCAUGUUGUGGUGACAUAUGCCUGGAAAGUGGAAAUCAAGUGUCCAUUUUCACACAGGGAGAAGACUGUUGGAGAAUACUGUAUGUUCAACAGCCUGAUUCUUGUUUAGAGAAUUUCCUUUCAACAGAUACCAAGUACCGAUUAAAGCCUGGGCAUAAAUAUUACACACAGGUUCAACAUCAAUUAUUCAUUACUGGUUCUUCAUCUGCUGAUUUUGUGGUGUAUCUGCCAAAGGAAUCCUGCACUGUAAGUGUAACAAAAGAAACCAGUUAUUCUGAAGUUUCCGUACCACUCUUAGUAGAUUUCUUCCAACAUCACCUGCUGCCUGAAUUACUUGGUCGGGACAUAUUAAAAAAGUAUAUUUGCAAGGAAAUCCUACGUGAAAUUGUAAAAAUGCAACAAACAUUGUUGAUAAUAAAAAAGUGCAAAAGAAGUUAG